UGCUGACCUAAAUAACGAAAGGCGGCGUGCCAGCUGAGUGCGUGGCUGCACACUGUGGCUCAGGGGGCGCGGGGGCUGAGCCUGUGGGCAGCUGAGGGCACGUGUGGGUGGCAGCUGUUCCGAUUGGUCAAAGGGAGCGCAAGCCAGAGAGGCCGGAGCUCUCCCCCAUUAGCUUUGCCAUCGCCUGGGACUUGCAGCUCCACCUUGGGCCACUUCCAACCAUGAAGCUCCUUUCGCUGACUGUGACUGCACUGCUGCUCUUGUGCCAGCUCACUCCAGGUGGCACCCAAAAAUGCUGGAAUCUUCUUGGCAAAUGCCGCCACACAUGCUUCAAAAAGGAAAGGAUCUAUGUUUACUGCACAAAUAGUAAACCGUGCUGUGUGAAGCCCAAGUAUCACCCAAAACAACAUCCCUGGUUAUUUUGAGUUCUCUGAAGCCUAAAGCCGUAAAAAUACAGAUGAAGCUAUUCUGAGUCUGAUCCCCAAAGAUUCCUGAAUUCUAUCAAUAAACACCUCUGGCUGAUUCCUGUGUUAGCCUGUCACUCUACCUUGC